AUGGAAUCUCUUCCCAUCUUCUCCUUAAUUGCUUAUUUGCUAGUUAUCUUAACUACUUUUUGGGCAUUCAUAAAACCCAAGUCAUCAAAAAAGUUACCACCAGGACCCCCAAAACUUCCUAUUAUUGGAAACAUACACCAACUCAAAGGUGCAUCCCCCCAUCGAGUUCUAAGAAGCUUGGCUAGGAAAUAUGGCGCCCCCUUUAUGCAUUUACAGAUAGGUCAAGUUUCUACCGUGGUCGUAUCCAAUCCAAGACUAGCCCAAGAGAUUUUAACGACCUAUGAUCACAUAUUUUCCGAUAGACCAGUCACAACAGCCUCCCAAAUCCUAUUUUAUAAAGGUCAAGACAUUGUAUGGGCUCCUCGUGGGAAGUAUUGGAGGCAAAUGAGGAAGAUUUGUACUUUGGAACUACUUAGCCCUAAGAGGGUCCAAACCUAUAGUUAUAUUCGAGAAGAGGAGCUUAUUCGUAUGCGUAUGUCUCUUGAGUUAUCAACCGGAAGACCUGUUAUAAUAAGGGAAAUGGUGGUAGAGAUGGUGAACAAUGUGAUUUGUAGGGCUACAGUUGGAGAUAUAUGUAAAGACCGAAAGAUACUCAUAGAAGUACUCUAUGAUAUAGUGAAAGCUUUGAGUGCUUUCAACUUGGCUUCAUAUUUCCCUACUAUGCAAUUUCUUAAAGUUAUUCUAGGGAAGAAAUCAAAGUGGUUAAAGAGGCAGAAACAACUCGAUACUAUCUUAGAAGACAUCUUGAAAGAACACCAAAAUCGACCAAGUAGCAACAAUGAUGAUCAAGAAGAUCUGGUUGAUGUUCUCUUAAGAGUCCAAAAAACUGGUCAUUUAGAUCUUCCCAUAACAAAAGAUAAUAUCAAAGGCGUCAUUCUGGAUAUGUUGAUAGCUGGGACCAGUACCUCUGCAAUGGUGCUUGAAUGGGCAAUGUGCGAACUGAUGAGAAACCCAGAGAUGAUGAAGAAAGUACAAGCUGAACUAAGGGACACGGUGAAGGGCAAUACGAUAGUAGAAGUGGACAUACAAAACAUGCCUUACUUGAAGUUAGUAGUAAAGGAAACAUUAAGGUUACAUGGUUCACUUUUGUUGGUUCCCAGAGAGAAUAAGGUGGAUUGCCAAGUUGAUGGAUACCAUAUCCCAGCAAAGACAAGGUUACUUAUAAAUUCAUGGGCAUGCGGAACAGAUCCCGAAUAUUGGGAAAAUCCUGAAAGCUUCAUCCCGGAAAGAUUUGAAAAGAGUUCUAUAAGUUACUUGGGUGCCGACUAUCAACUCAUUCCUUUUGGAGCUGGCAGGAGAGUGUGUCCUGGUGCUAAUUUUGGGCUAGCUAUCAUUGAAUUGGCACUUGCUACUCUUCUGUACUAUUUCAAUUGGGAGCUUCCAAACGGGUUGAAGCCAGAUGAUGUCGAUCUGACAGAAGCUUUCAUGAUUUCGUCAUUACCUAAACAUCCUUUACAGGUUGUUCCUGUCACCAUGUCGUCUUUGCUUGCAGACUAAAACCAUGGCUUCCAUUUUUCCCGUUCUUAGUUGCAUUAGUAAGUAUCUUUGUGGCUCAUAUAUAAACAAUAAAAUUAGCGUAAUUGAGUCAAGUCAAUGUUAGGCUAUUCGAGUUUGGGCCACAAAGCCAUGUACAACUACCACAGAUUGGCAUCACUUCUAUUUUAUUUAUAGGGUCAUUGUAACUGUUAAAUGCAUGCUAUUAACAU